AUGGAGGACAUCCUUGAUUUGCCUGACCAAAUGAAACCCAGAGGAAAUCACUUCCAAGUCCUAUCUCAAACAAGAGAAGCCUUAUUUGACUUCACUUGGAAAGCAUACACAAACCCGAUCCGCGGCAAUCAAUGGCAAACCGUCGACGUUGUCUUUGAUGUUAUCCCAACAGCACAUGCAGCCUUCGACCACACGUGGUUGAGCCAAACCCACCAUAAUGACUGGCAAUUUCCCAUCUCACUAUCUCCGCUCGCGACGGAAUUCCUCUCUGAAUGUCUACGUGUCUGUUUGAACAGCAGCCCGGGCAGCGGCUCUCGGGUCGCCAAGCUCAUCGUGCCGCUCCUCAAGGGGCAGAUCGUUCGCUCCGAUAUCGUUCCGCUUCGCUUCAUCGACUGCGAGUUCGUUGACGCCCGAUUGUCUCUGUCAGAGCCUCUAAAGACAUUCUCGGGCCGACCCAUCCAAGAUUCUCAGCUAGACGACCUUGCAAAACUGCUCGGAGACUCUGCGGGUGGUCUCAUUUUACAGGGAUUGCCGCCCGGGAUCGGGUCGCUAGAUUGCCGUUCGUUCUCACAGUUUGUCGAGGCCGAGACCGAGAACCGAUUGUCCUUCCCAUGGAUAUCGAGUCCAGCAGCCACCAAGACCCUAGUCAUUGUUGAGGGCAGUCGUCAGCACCCGAGUGAAGGUGGCACGGGACCCAACAUCUACCUAGCCGCAAUCGCUCUGGGGAUCAAAAUGGUCGUUCUCGACGUUCCGGGCCACUGGUUGGAGGGCACCGAAUAUGAGCACUGGCGAGAAGCUUUCAUUCCCAUCGAGAUGUCCCAGCCUCCUGACGAGGGAUUCUCGGACCGAAUCGCACAGGCUGUAGCCACUUACGAAGGACAAGUCGACGGCAUAAUCACCUUUUGCGAUUCAUUCCAACACCAGGUGGCCCUCGCUGCACAAAAGCUCGGCCUGCCAACCUCCAACCCCGAAGCCCUCAGGACCGCCACCAAUAAGUACGCGACCAGCGUCUUCGAAGGCCGGCAGUCCCACCUCGUCUCAAGCACCCAGGAGGUGCUACAGGUCGCGGCUUCCCAGGGGAACUCCCUGUUCCCUUGCAUCAUCAAGCCUUGCAACGGCUGGAGCUCCGAGGGCGUCUUCCUCAUCAACAACAAUACCGAGCUCAUCGAGGCUGUCGGGCCCCUCGACGCCCUAUCCAAGUCCAAGCACGGCAGUAAGUUUGUAAUUGAGAGGUACUGUGCCGGCCCGGAGGUGGAUGCCAACUUUGUGCUCCUGGACGGUGAGAUUCUCUUCUUCGAGGUAUGCGACGACUUCCCCAAGAGCGCGGACACGAAUGGCUCCAGUUUAGGCGGCGGCGCAAAGACCUUUAUCGAGCUCGAUAGUGUCUUUCCCUCCAAGCUCCCCGAGUCAGAGAUCAACCUGCUUCGGAUAUGCUUCCACAACACGUUGCUGAGGCUGGGGCUCCGCGACGGCAUCAUGCAUCUCGAAGGACGGGUGGACAACUCGACGGUCGAGUACCGGACCGAGGGAGGCUUGCUCGACCUCCGAUCAAGGGCCGUGGACACGCAAAGUCGAGGUGCGGAUAAGAGCCCCUCGGCAUGGCUUAUCGAGGUCAACCCUCGUCCGCCGGGCAUGAAGGGUACGCAGGUCAUCGAGUCCACGCACGGCGUCGACUACUGGGGGCUGGGCAUGCUGAUUGCGCUGCGAGACGGGGAGCGCACAAGGGCGCUCUGUCACGCUUUCAAGCAUGGUCCCCAGUACACUUGCGUGAUGGUCUUCAUCCCCGCGGAUUAUGAUCUCUCCUUGGCAGAGGGCCUUUUCGAUUCGGGGGACAUCUGUGACGAGCUGUUUUGUCGCCGACCUGAUUUGGCUAAGAACGUUAGUCGGUACGGAUGCUUGGUGAGGAGAGGUCAAAAGGUCACCCACCCAAGCCAUGGCGUGAACAGCUUCUUGGCCUAUUUCAACGUAUUUUCGAGGAAGGGCAGAGAGGAUGCGUUGCGGCUUGCUAAGAUUGUCAGGGAGGAAGUGCGCUUUUCAUUCAAAUAG